UUUAGUAAAUGCACAAAGUUCUUUUUGGACGACACACCUCCUGACUUCACACCACCAACGGGCGUUUCAGUCAAGCCCAUCUGCCAGUGUCUUUGGGAUGACCAUGAUGAGCAAAUUUAUCUGUACGCAACUUUAUACAGCACAUCCUGGAAGAUUCCCAUCUUCUCUGCCUAUGUGUUUCAAAGCCCAAAUAUUGGGAGAUGUGACGCUUGGUACAUUGAACCACAGCUGGAUGGAGAUUCUGAGCCAUGCAUGCGUCCUAAGGGCUAUGGUAAAAAUAUUGGUAAAAAUCAGGCUGUAACUAAAGAUUACUACAAAUCUGGCUAUGAUAAAGGUCACCUCUAUCCAGUACUUCACACCAACAAUCAUCUGUCAAUGCUGGCCACAUCCACACUGACCAACGUGGCUCCACAGAAUCCAACUUUCAAUCAAAAUGUUUGGCUGGAACAUGAGAAAGCUGUGAUUAAAGACCUGAAAUCCUGUGAAGUGGCUUAUGUGUUGACUGGUGUAGUUCCUGACACAAACAUCAAAAUGAACAAUAAAGUAACUGUGUCAAAGUAUUACUGGAGAGCCACCUGCUGCCUAGAGAAGGGUCAGUACAUAGGGCAGGGCUACUAUGGACCGGACAACAAUGGCCUUGUGAAGAAAUUAACAAUAAAAGAUCUUCAGAACCUACUCAAGGGUUUUUACCAAAUAAUUUUUUUUCCAAACAUACCAGCGCAAAAUAAAAAACCCACCUAUACAUGCAACUGAAAAACUGCCACUAAUCAACUUUUAUUGCAGUUUGCAUACCAAAAAAACUAUGUUCCUCAUCUAAUUUUCAUGUCUAUCUAAUCUGAUUUUUACAGUAUAGGCCUAUAUUUAAAAUCUCUUGUGGGACAACAUAUAAAUAUUUGCUUUUUUCAGACAGGUGGCAGAAAGGCUAUUUUGUGUGAUUCAGAUGUUUUUUUUUAAUUCAGUAAGCAAAACAGUCAAAGGGGGCAUGCAAUCUGAUUUCACAAACAUGAAUCUGUGUUCUUUCUGAUGAUGAAUCCAAUGUAAAUGCUAAUAGGUUUUUGUUUGUUUCUCGCAUCCUUAGUUUUCUCUGUCAAUCACUGAACUAGAUAUGUGCUAAGUGAAUAAAAUACUUUCUAUUGUACUGUGA